CACCUGAAAACUUACGGUGCUGUCAUCCAAACCUUUCCGCACACGCACAAGUACGCUCACUUGACAACUCCACAAAUGACACUAAGAAACCAACAAUUUUUAAUAAGAUUCCUAAAUCUAAACACUAAAACGUAUUCCAGAUAGACGAUACAUAAUCUUAGCCCGUUGUAGUAAAAAAUAAACCCAAGCCAAUUUGCUAAAGAAAAUACACCAAGUACUACCCCCCCCCCAACACACGGUCGUCACAACCACCGCCACUACUACCACCACUACGAUGGGCCGCCGCUGCCGUGCCUGGGUGCUGGCCGCCACACUGCUCAUUCAAGGGGCGGCGGGCAUACGCAUCACCCGCGUGUCGGUGCCGCCGCUGGUGAGGGCUGGCGGCGAGGCGGAGCUAUCGUGCGAGUGGGAGUCUGAAAGUGACCAGAUGUACUCCGUGAAGUGGUACCAAGGAUCACACGAGUUCUACCGCUACACACCCACCGCCAGCCGCCCCAUCCAGAUAUUUGACCCCCCGACCCUUGAUGUUGAGAGUGGCGGCUCCUGGGCGGGCACCGUGAGGGUUGCCAACGUAACUGCUGCUGCUGAGGGUCCUUUCCACUGCGAGGUGUCCGCUGAGGGGCCCACCUUCCACACAGCGUCUGAGAUGGCCAGCAUGAAGGUGGUGGACCUUCCCGAGGGCGGACCAGAGGUGAAGGGCGCCAGGCAGCAGUACCAGGUGGGGGACAUAGUGGAGCUCACGUGCACCUCAAGAAAAUCACGCCCACCAACAGCCCUCUCCUUCACCAUCAACUCAAUGCCGGCUGCCCCGGACUGGCUCUAGCAGACACAGGAGGGCGGCAAGGGAGUGGGGAGCGCCUCACCACCACCUCCCUGCGGCUCAGGUUCCCCCUACAGCCGGAGUUCCUGCAGGGGGGCGAGGCGCGCGUCACCUGCACCUCCCGCAUCCCCGGCGUAUACCAGGAGGAGGUGCAGACGGUGCUGUCCACUCGCCCCCCGCACCACGCCUCGGUAAUGGCCGCCGCCCCCGUCACAGACUCAAGGCUCGCCAUCUCAGCAGUCACCUUAGCUUCCAUCCUACACUCCCUGCUCGCUGCCCUUUGAAACAUCGCUCCUCGGUUCCUCCUCGCUACUCCCGCGUUACUUCGGCCAGCAAACCCAGCGCUACAGUGACUCCCAAGCCCCGCAACAUCGUUCAGCCAGUGUCGUUCUCAGUGUAAAUAGGUGUACAAGUAGUGGGUUUCUUGGUAUUGGUGGUGGUGGUGGUGGUGGUGGUGAUGGUGAUGGUGGUGAUGGUGGUGAUUCGUGUAGCUUGUGUUGUGUUUGUAUUAUUUGGUGUGUAUAAAUGU